GAAAUUGCUGGCGGGCUUUAUUGACGGAGCCCCAGCCCUGAGAGCAAACAGUGCAGCGUACCUCAGUGUAGACUUAAGCAUGUUCCUCUUGUCGAAUGUGACUGAAUUUUGCCUACCUCUAAGUCUGCAGUUGUUGUUGCUGUGUGCAUAAUGUGUGAGUGUGGAUGAACUUUGUAACACCACUGUCACUGGACUCCACCAAGACAGUACUGAAUAAAUAUGCCUCCCUGUGACAAGAAUAGAAAUUGUAAUUGUCAUUAUCAUUGUCAAAAACAAAACAAAAAACAAAACAGCUUGGCCUAAAUUCUGCAAAACCACUUUCGCCCGAAGUGUCUAAUUCCAAAUACUCAACGGAUUUUCUGAGAUGUGAACAUGACAGUGAAGUUACGUUUGAAGUCUCAUACUGCUAUGUACAGUGGUCAGAUGUGUGUCGUUUGGAUAUUGACGAUGUUGCAAUGUGUGACAUGUGCGCACCAAUUGCUUUGUUAGUAUCAAAAUGCUGGGCUCUGGUUCGAAUUACCAAAAGGGAAGUUUGACUCAGCGUCAUUAGAGACUGGCGUUAGAUUCGGAGGUCUGGCCUCUUUAAUAUCUUACAGUGUAGGAAAUGGUGUGAAAUGCGCAAUGUCUUCUGGCAGACAAGAAGACAAGAAGACAAGAAGACAAGAAGACAAGAAGGGGAUACGGACGGAGAGUGGACAAAGGGGGAAACGACCUAGGAGGUUUUAUUUACUUGAUACACAAGAGCUUCUAUAUCUGAUCUCUUCCCCAUACCCAUAACUUAAUAACAUGUGAAACGUUGUAAUUUAUUAUUUAUUAUUCUGCAGGAAGGUCAAGCACCUGACAGAGACCAAGCAGCGGUCAACGUUUGAAGACAACAAGUAGAUCUCUCAGGUACUUCCUUCUGGACAUGCACAUUGGAAAAAAGGAGUGUAGUACAUGUAGUAACAAAAGUGUUGAUUUCAAGCGGAUCUUGGAAGUUUCAAUUUAUUGUCAGCUGACCGUCAACAGUUGGACGGACGAACAGAGACACAGAAGUGGAGGAAAAGACAAACACACAAGAUAACUAGUUAGCGGACAGAGAUAGGUUCAAACAAAGUUCUAGUUUAAGUAGGAGUUUUACCAACCGCAUUGCAACAGAAAUUGGUCACAUUAGCGCCGAUUUUCUAAAGAAGUGAAACCAGAAGAAUAAAUUGAGAAUCUAUUACGUCAUCAGAACCACUACAGAGCUUAUUGAAAAGUAAAUCCAUAACGAGCAAAUCAGGUUUUGUUGGAAAAACCGAUGUACAAACUCACAUUUCUCGGAACAUUUCUGUGUGCCCUUAAUAUGGAUAACAUCGGCUGUAAGGAACACAAGUAGGAAGAGUUCAUGAUGUCAACGAAACAAGCGGUGUUUGUUCGGUCCUUCCCGGACCAGCUGGGAGUCCCAGACGCCGAUCCCACUCAAGAGGAAAUCGCCAGCCGACGCUUCAGUCUCCUGUCCACCUACUCGUAUGGGCUGGCCUCAAAGAAAGAUGGCAGUUUGUCGUCUGCAAACCCUUUCAGAGAGCGGGAAGAGGAUUUGGAGACUGUUCUCGACACUUCCGUGGAUGCCAAGCCUUACGACGAGACCGGCAUCCGCACGUACGAGCGCGCGUGUCUCAAGGCCGGCGUGACUCCCGCGUCUAACUGUAUCCGGAACCUGGAGCUGUCCCAGACACUCAAUCUGUCCUUCUACGGCCUGGGGGCGAAGGGAGUCAUGCCCGUGGCCAUGGCAUUGGUGAUCAACUCCCAUGUGUCUACGCUGCUCCUGGCAGGGAACUCCAUGGGGGUCAAAGGUUUCUCCUACAUACAGAAGAUGAUGGAGGAAAACUCCAGCAUUACAGAGCUGGGUCAUUCAAGGUUACAGAAACUCAAUCUGAGCAAAAAUAAGUUUGGUGAUGAGUCGGCGCAUGUCUUUGGUCACAUGAUUGGAAAACCCUACCCUGAAGUACUUAAACGUGAGUUGGAACGGCUUCGACGACGACGGGGCCACGUCUAUGGGCACAGCCCUGGGCCACAACGGCGUCUUGCUGGAGCUGGAUCUGUCCUGUAACAGGAUAGGCCCCAAGGGAAUGCUCAACCUGCUCAAAGGAUUCCGCUCCAACGACUCCUUGGAGACCCUGCGCGACGCUAAGAUUCCGCUCACACCCUACCAGAUCGAUCAGCUGAUCGAUGAUUUAGAUCGGGAUGGGGAUGGAGAGAUCGAUUUUAGUGAGUUGGUCAUAACGACAGAAGAGAAGACUGCCUGAACCUUGUACACGGAUGGAGAAUAUUCCGGAACUGACGUCAUUGUACAAAAGCAGCCGUUGGGAACAGAGGAAGGCGUUCUAUAGAUCUACUCUAUACUCCUAUGUUUUUUCCCACGAGGAGCAUGACGGGAUGAGAGCAGAUCUGUCAGUAUCAGAUGGACGUUAAUUAACCCUAUCCGAACGUCAUGUUUUACUUAACUAUCGUAUCCAUACAACGUGGGGAACUCUUUGCCA